UUAUUUGUUUCGCCUCCCCGAGUAUUCGCGGGUCCAAAUGGCGAAACGGUUUCCUCUCUCUCUCUCUCUAAACUCUCUUUCCCCCCUCAAUCGGACGAGCUUUCUCUCUCUAAACAAGCACACAUUGGUUAUCUCUAUUCCAUUUUCGGAGGCUACCUGAAAAAAGCAGACCAUCCAGAUAUGAUUAAGGUCUUAAUUCUCAUCACGAGUUUCUGAGUUAAGAAGGCUGUUAGUUUUCUUCUUCACAUCGAGUACUCUUACAAACAGAAGCAAACAUGUCUAAUUUUGUUGGUGUUCUUGUCUCUGAUCCAUGGCUUCAGAGCCAAUUCACUCAAGUCGAGCUUCGUGGCCUCAAAUCCCAAUUUCUUUCGGCAAAGGAUCAAACCGGACAUGUCACAGUGGGAGAUUUGCCACCUGUGCUAUUAAAAUUAAAGGCUUUCAGUGAAAUGUUUUCUGAGGAGGAGUUCAAGGCUAUCUUGAGGGAGUCAACUUCUAACAUGGGUGAACAAAUUGAUUUUGAAUCCUUCCUUCGGGCAUUUCUAAAUUUACAAGCGCGGGCGACUGCAAAAUUAGGUGAAUCGAAAAAUUCUUCUUCAUUUCUCAAGGCUUCCACAACCACACUUCGCCACACCAUUAGCGUAUCUGAGAAGGCUUCAUAUGUUGCCCACAUUAACAGCUUUCUUCGAGAUGAUCCAUUUUUGAAAAAAUAUCUUCCUAUAGAUCCAUCUACCAAUGCUUUAUUCGAUCUUGCUAAGGAUGGAGUUCUUCUCUGUAAGCUCAUUAAUGUGGCGGUGCCUGGUACGAUAGACGAGCGAGCUAUUAACACCAAACAGGUUCUAAAUCCAUGGGAAAGGAAUGAAAACCACACCCUCUGCCUCAAUUCUGCAAAGGCUAUUGGCUGCACAGUGGUUAACAUUGGCACACAGGAUCUAGUUGAAGCAAGACCCCAUCUGGUAGUUGGGUUGAUUUCACAAAUAAUUAAGAUUCAACUCUUGGCUGAUCUUAAUCUGAAAAAAACUCCUCAGCUUGUGGAAUUGGUGAAUGACAGCAAGGAUGUGGAGGAGCUUAUGGGUUUACCCCCAGAAAAGGUUUUACUGAAAUGGAUGAAUUUUCAUCUGAAGAAAGCAGGCUAUGAGAAACAGGUUACAAAUUUUUCAUCUGAUCUCAAGGAUGGAGAGGCCUAUGCUCACUUGCUUAAUGCUCUUGCACCAGAACAUGGUAGCAGCACCACAUUGGAUGCUAAGGAUCCUACUGAAAGAGCGAAUUUGAUUCUUGAGCAUGCAGAGAAAAUGGAUUGCAAAAGAUAUGUUACUCCUAAGGACAUUGUGGAGGGAUCACCUAAUCUAAAUCUUGCAUUUGUUGCACAAAUAUUUCAUCAAAGGAAUGGUCUAUCAUUGGACAACACCAAAAUAUCGUUCGCUGAGAUGAUGACAGAUGAUGCUGAAACGUCCAGGGAAGAAAGGUGCUUCCGACUUUGGAUUAACAGUCUUGGAACUGCUACAUAUGUCGAUAAUGUGUUUGAAGAUGUCAGAACUGGAUGGGUUCUCUUGGAAGUUCUUGACAAAGUUUCUCCAGGAUCAGUCAAUUGGAAGCAGGCAACAAAACCCCCAAUUAAGAUGCCUUUCAGAAAAGUUGAGAAUUGCAACCAAAUUAUAAGGAUUGGAAAGGAAUUAAACUUCUCCCUUGUGAACAUAGCUGGAAACGAUAUUGUACAAGGAAACAAGAAGCUCAUACUGUCAUUUUUGUGGCAGUUGAUGAGGUUUAGUAUGCUCCAACUCCUUAAAAACUUGCGGUCGCACUCCCAAGGAAAGGAGAUAACAGAUGCUGACAUUCUAAAUUGGGCAAACAACAAAGUGAAGAGCUGUGGCAGAGCGUCUCAAAUGGAGAGCUUCAAGGAUAAAAACCUUUCAAAUGGAAAAUUCUUGCUCGAACUUCUUAGUGCCGUGGAGCCAAGGGUUGUUAAUUGGAGCCUUGUUACCAAGGGCGAAACUGAUGAGGAUAAGAAAUUGAAUGCAACAUAUAUAAUCAGUGUUGCUCGGAAGUUAGGGUGCUCCAUUUUCUUGUUGCCCGAGGACAUAAUGGAGGUGAACCAAAAGAUGAUCCUGACGCUAACAGCCAGCAUCAUGUACUGGAGCCUGCAACAAAAAGCUGGGGAGUCAACUCCCACAGAAGACGAGAAAGCACCGGAUGCCUUCCCAGAAGAUUCUGUUGAUGGUGACAAUAAAGCUAUUCCGGCAGGCAAUGAUGCUGCAUCAGGUGCUGCGCUCUCACUAUGAGUCGGAGACGGGGGCCCCUCUCCUGAGGUUGAAAACAAGGAACCCUCGCCACAUGUUGAAAAGGAUGGCAUUACUGGUGGAGAAUGAUGAAGAAUCAAAUAUCAUUUUUUUGUUAUAGUUUAUUUUUUUUUAUUUUUUCACUUCUCUUGUUAAAAUUUGGUUUCACUUAGUUAAAGUCAUUUGUAUCAAUCUUUUAUUAUAGAGGUCAUGGUCAUUUUGUGUGCUCUGAUAAACCACAGAUAAAAAAGGUUUACUGUAAUUUUUUAUAUAUAUUUUUUUAUUUUUAUUUUUUUGUUU